CCUUCAGACAAGGUGACCUGUUGUUGGCUGCCAGGCCAGAAGAAGACAUUUAAUCUCUUAGAGGAUGCACGGCAUCAAUAACAGUCAGUGCACGCUGCCAUGUGGAGCGAUGCUGCAGCAGGAAGGUGUGUUUCACCUCUGAGCUCACAAAGAUGAGGCACCUAACGCAAGCCUGAUGUCUCACUUGUGGUGGAGCUGUGAGGAAACAAUGAGGAAGGCGACGCAAGACCGCCCACGUACUGAAAAAAGAAGGAUGAUUGAGCGUCUUAGUCACUCUUAGGUGGACAGCUGGACGUCCUGAAGAAGAGGACGAAGCCCUUCUGUGAGCUCGGACUGAAGAAUUGCUCAAGUAUUAUUUCAUGUGCGCUUGAUGCUUUCCGAAGAUUCCGCAAAGCUCCGAUCAGCUUGAACUCUCCAGCAGUCUGUUCCUGAGCACAACUUUGAAGAUGACAAUGUCGUCCCCUGUGAGGCCAGGAGCUGUCACUCUGGCUCAGCCCAUCCCCGUCCCGACGCUGACCGUCCUGCCCCCAUCCUCCGACACGGAGUCCUGGUCCCGCUCGCCCAGCCCGAGGCCGACCCGCUCCGGCCGACAUCCGCGCUCACACCGCAGCAGGACCCGGACCAAGAAGUGGAACUCGGAAGACCGAGCUUCAACGCGCAGGCGGACAGAAACGCCGCAGAUUGUAAUAGAAAAGAGUGUCCGCAAGGGAACCGUCCCGCUUGGAAGGCCUUCCACCGCCACAGAUCAGAGUCAGGCCAGCCUGUCCCAGGACCACCUCCUGCCACCGUCCCAAUCCUGGUCUCGUAGCCCUUCUCCCAGCCGACGCUCCCGCUGGUCCCUUAGGAGCCUGCUCGGCAGGGACUCUGACUGGGACAGCUGCAGCACCGCCAGUAAUUCUCCACGCAGCACUCCGGGCAGCUCACCCUCCCUGCGGCGCCGGGUAUUGGGGGGUGGCCGAGCCAGCGAGAGCGAGGGCGGCGGGGAGAAGAGUGGCGGCGGAGGUGGCGGCUCCGACAGCCCCCUGCCCUCCGUGCCAUCUGCGUCCUCCCUCACGUCCGCCUACCCGCUCGCUUCCAGGCAUUUCCGGAGCAAUGCCAAGAAAAUGCAGAGCUGGUACAAUGUUCUCAGUCCCACUUACAAGCAGCGGAACGAGGACUUUCGUAAAAUCUUCAAAAAGCUUCCCGACACGGAGCGACUCAUUGUGGAUUACUCGUGCGCUCUCCAGAAGGACAUUCUGCUUCAAGGACGCCUGUACCUGUCCGAGAACUGGCUUUGUUUCUACAGCAACAUCUUCCGCUGGGAAACCACUAUCACCAUCCUGCUGAAAGACGUUACCUCUAUGACCAAGGAGAAGACUGCCAAGCUCAUCCCAAAUGCCAUCCAGAUCAGCACAGACAAUGAGAAGCACUUCUUCACGUCUUUCGGAGCACGGGAUCGCAGCUUCAUGAUGAUCUUCCGCCUGUGGCAGAACGCACUGAUGGACAAGUCCUUGUCCCCCAAAGAGUUGUGGCACAUUGUGCACCAGUGUUACGGCACGGAGCUUGGCCUCACCAGCGAAGAUGACGACUACGUCUCCCCGACGGCCGAACACAUGAACGGCCUACUGCCAGGAGAAGAGUCUGUGUCCGUCACAGAUCUUCUGGACUUGAGCUCGGUGUCGGCACCCUCCUCUGGCAGCUCGCCUCCACCCUUGGUGCCCUGCAGUCAGGCCAGCUCUCCUUCGGUUGCCACCGCCGUCAGCUCCUCUCCCCCGUCCCCGGCUACCUGCUUGCCCAUUGAGGUGCCCUCAUCGUCGGGACGCAGGCUCAGCUCGGACCCCCUGGAUCCCAGCCCGCCCAGCUCCCAUGGCUCACUUCCGUCUGCCGCUGCUCUUGCCAACACUUCUUCUUCCUUUAACCUAGAGGAGGGCGGGGACAGCCUGUCUGAAUCGGCCAGUCACAUGCUGCCCUUGCCCAGCCUGAGAAACCUCUCGUCGUUGGACAUCACCAACGAUGAGGACCUGCCCACGGACCCGAGCAACUCGUCCGACACACAGGAAGAGAGUGAAGUGGAGUCCUUCUGCGCCAACCUGAGCGGGCGGCUAAACAUCAACACUGCCGUGCGGAUGAGUGUGGACAAGCUCCACGACCUGCUCUUCUCUGCCGACACACACUUCAUCCGACACCUCUUCUCCCAGCGACACUUCACGGAACUGACGGUGGGCAAGUGGCAGCAGGACGCCAGCAGCGGGAGCACCAGUCGUGUGCUCAGCUACACCAUCGCCCUCAACAACCCCCUCGGCCCCAAGACUGCGCCUGUGGUGGAGACUCAGACACUACACAAGAGCAGUGCUCAGGGCGAGUGUUACGUGGUGGAUUUGGAGGUCAUCACCUCGGGCAUCCCGUACCAGGACUAUUUCUACACCGUGCACAGAUACUGCCUCACCGCCAUCAGCAAGCACAAGAGUCGACUCAGAGUGUCCUCAGACAUCUGCUAUCGGAAGCAGCCGUGGAGUCUGGUCAAAGCGCUGAUUGAGAAGAACACCUGGAGCGGCAUCGAGGAGUACUACCGGCACAUGGAGAGCGAGGUGUGCAAGUUGGAGACGCUGUUGCAGACCGAGGUCACCGUGGUGACCACCGGCGACGCCACCAGUGCCGCCGAAACCGCCAGGUCCCCGCUGGCCCUGCGUCGACGUAAAAGGACCUGCUCCCGCCGGCAGGGGGAGCGGGAGAGGGAUGGGGAAGGCACGGGCGCCUCAGACCGAGGCGACAGAGGAGUUGGAGAUGACCGAGACCUCAGACAAGCUGGUGCUCAGUAUAUGAAGCUGGGAGAGCGUGCGCGUGGUGGAGCACAGAACAGUAUAUCCACUAUCCUGCUGAUCGUCAGCUUCAUUCUGGUGGUGCUGGUGGCGCUCAACAUGCUGCUCUUCUACAAACUUUACGCCCUGGAGCGAGCGGCCCAUACACUGGAGACAUGGCACUCCUACUCACUAACAGACAGUCCUCUUCCGCAGACGGCAGGCGAGUGGGCUCAGGUGCUGCAGCUGCAGAGACAAUUCCACCAGGCGCAGCUCAGCAAGUGGCAGCAGAUCCUGCAGUCGUCCGUGGCUCUUCUUGACCAGAUGAAGCAGUCGCUCGAAAAACUGCACCAAGGCAUCGCGGUCCCAGGAGUCCAGCAGGACCCGGACCCAAUCCCGGAUACCCCGACGGACACCUGAGCCCCUGCCCCGCCCCCAUGGUACUGCCACGCCCACUCUCACCGUUGCCAGGGAACAACAGAACAUGACCCACAAGCACCCUCACCUGUUAGACUUGAAGCCACGCCCCCCGAGUGGUCAAUCAGCAAUAAUCUGAGAGAGGGGCGGGGCCUUAUGAGCAAGUACUUUUUUGGAUGCCACGUUUCAGCGAGGAAGGAGGGCUCCGCCUCCUCCUCUUCCUCCUUUCAGACACACGCCUCCUCUUCCCAAGGCUGUUUUCUUGUUUUAUAUAAUAAUAAUAAUCGUAAUAACGAAGAAGAAGUUAGUUAUUGUGGACCACUUGCAGUAUUUAUUCUAACCUUUGACCUGACGUCUCGUCCUCACUUGCUGUCAAUCACGUUGGACCAAAAGGCGGAGCUGCUGGAGGACGACGCCCACAAUACAGACUCUUCUUGAAUGUUUGACGGUGGAAUAUUCAAACAAUGUUGGUGCGUGUGUGUGAUCACAAGGAGUCCGCGUUACAUUUCAGAUGUUGCAUUUUCUUAAUGUUUGCCAAACUUGAAGGACCAACCGGAAAAUUCCGUGAGGGGAAAACAAAAAAGGGAAUGUAUUUUCGUCCUGUUACUUUGUUUUGUUUUGGGUUUUUUUAAGAAAAAAAAUCUCAAUAUUUUUCCUGUCUUUACAAUCCCCCCCCCCCCCCCAUGUUGUUUGGUCACGCCCACUCCUGGCUCCCAAUCACGUGGUCUCUUCACCCCCCUCCCUCCCUCCCUCCUUCCACCUGCUUGCUGUGGCCCUGCUGUGCGCGGCCCACCAGCAACAUGUCGUGUUAUUUAUUAUGAAGAGGCGGAGACUGACGUAGGGAAAGGGGGCGAAGUCCAGAAUGUACUGUGAACACGUGAUUGUGCACGCGGAGAGAAAUGGAAAAAAAAAGAAAAAAAAGUACUUAAAAAAUGUCCUUGCUUGUCUUUUGUGUUUGCUGAGGAGUCAACAUCAGGAAUUUAGCAGUGAAAAAAUUCUAAAUAUUUAUCUAUAAAUAAAGCAAUAUUUAAUAAUUUCAAUGAAAUAAGAUU